AUGACAAACAUACAUACAACACACAUCAAACAAGGCACUCCCAACAACAACUCACAUCAAACAGGGCACCCACAACAAUACAUCAAACGGGGCACCAACAACAACACAUCAAACGGGGCAUCAACAACAACUCACAUCAAACAGGGCACCAACAACAACUCACAUCAAAGGGCACCCACAACAACACAUCAAACGGGGCACCCACAACAACACAUCAAACGGGGCACCCACAACAACACAUCAAACGGGCACCAACAACAACUCACAUCAAAGGGCACCCACAACAACACAUCAAACGGGGCACCAACAACAACACAUCAAACGGGGCACCAACAACAACACAUCAAACGGGGCACCAACAACAACACAUCAAACGGGGCACCAACAACAACACAUCAAACGGGGCACCAACAACAACACAUCAAACGGGGCACCAACAACAACUCACAUGAAACAGGGCACCCACAACAACACAUCAAACGGGGCACCCACAACAACACAUCAAACGGGGCACCAACAACAACACAUCAAACGGGGCACCCACAACAACACAUCAAACGGGGCACCCACAACAACACAUCAAACGGGGCACCCACAACAACACAUCAAACGGGGCACCAACAACAACUCACAUGA